AUUUUGCUCUUCAUUUUUAUUUUUAUUUUUCUUGUCCCCAAAUACACUCCUGUUACUUAACAUCUCUUCGCUAAGUCAGUUUGGCCUUCGUUUGGCACUGCUGUGUUCAAGCUUGAAACAGGGAAUGCAUCUUUGGGUAUCCGUUUGGUCGAUACCCUAUCAGCCUAAUGUUUCGUUAGGAUGCCUCAGAUGUUAGAUGGUAACUAUUCUCAGCACGAAGCUGUAGCUUCAAUGACAGAAGAGGUUUUGGAUGCUACUAUCGUUUGGCAAGCAGGUGGAGAUGAAGUUGAAGCACCAAGAUGGAAAGGUAAAGGAAAAGAGGUUGCUACUCCAAGCACCAUAUUGUACGCACUGGCUUCCAGUUCGGGAUACUCAUUGGUCGAAAACGAAAUUGAAGAAGAAUCAGAAGAAGUGGAUUGGAAGCAAUAUGGACCGCCCCAGGCAUUGACCAAUGUGCAGGACAUUGAGUCUGAGGUCAUCACGCAGAUUGUGCACGAAUCCAUCAACAGAAUCAAAGCAAGAAUAACAGAAGAAGAAGAACAACGGCAAACAGCCAUAGAAACAGCCAGAAUACUAGAUGCAGAACUUUCUGAGAAGGAGGUAGUCGCUAUCUUGCCAGAAAAACCAGAAGACUUGCAGGAAAAUCAAAACGAUGACAAAGAAGUCACACAGGACGGGAAGCAACCAAGAGUGCCCACCUACUAUAGGAUGGAGCCGCCUCAGACUGCAACUUUCGCAGGCGUCAAGUUCACUAUGGAUGCCAACGGACUCUUGCGGCCGGUCAAAUCACAGCCCAAGUCGAAGAGGAGGAACAUCUUGGGCGGUAUCCUACGGCGUUUCAACAAUAGAGAGAGAGGAGAGUCGGGUGUUCAGGCAGCGGCUCGUCAUAAACACCGCUUAUCUGUCGACUACAACGCACUCGCUUCCAAAGGUAUCCAAGUGGUCGACAACCUUGUCGAUGGGAGUACCAAAAGUCCCAGAACUUCUGUUCAUGAAAAUCUCGUUGAAUGCGUAUCUUGUUUUGAAGAGUUCAACCCCAACAAAAUGGUCAAGUGCCCUUGUCACAGCUAUUGUACGGCAUGUUUUCACCGACUCAUCGAGACAGCCUGUGAGAACGAGCAACAAUGGCCGCCGAAAUGCUGUUUGAACAUUAUCCCAAAAUCGACCAUUCUCUCGGGAACCUUCAACUACCACGCGCUCCAGAAGGUCUACAACGAUAAAUCUGAGGAGUGGUCGAUUCCCAUCAGUGAGCGUAUCUACUGCUACGAGCCAGUCUGCGCCGGCAUCUUCGUCCGCCCGGCUUACAUUAACCAUGCCGAAAAUGUUGCGCGUUGCGAAGCUGGACACUACAUUUGCACGCUGUGCCGGGGGCAACGACACGUGAAUCAAGCAUGUCCACAGGACCGCGACCUGCAGCGUACAGAAGAGCUGGCGGACGAGGAGGGGUGGAAGAGAUGCUACCAAUGUCAUGCUUUUGUCGAGCAUCGAGAGGCAUGCCAGCAUAUGACAUGUCGCUGCGGUGCUGAAUUUUGUUAUGUAUGUGGCGCUCGAUGGCGUACCUGCGCAUGUAGUAUGCAGCAACUCCACGCCGUCAAGAGUGAAGCUGCAACCAGAAGGCGGAUCAGACGAUCUAGAGAAGCGCAGGAAGAGGCCGAGCUUGCGGAGGCGCUGCGUCUGGUUGAAGAGUACGAGCGCGAGGAAGCUAGAAAGGCUACACUACUAAGACUGGAAAGGGAGAGAAUUGAGAAAGAGCGGCGGAAAAAGGAGCUUGACAAGCGGUUGCUGGUAGAGGUUGGUAGGCGCAAGGGCGUGGAGCUUCAGUUUCGAAACCUGACUCAAGUGCUCAAUGAUCUGCAUGAGGAGCAACGAGUCGAGGUCGUUCGUGAACACGGCAAGUAUGAGAGUGUUUUACGUUAUAAAGCAGAAUCGUCGAUAACGGCACUAAAAGAGCAAAACGAUAGAAAGCGCGACCUUCUCGUAAACCUUGGUAUUGACAAGAUACAGGAGUUCAGGUCAGCAAUGGAUCAGGAGCAUGCUGCUCGAGCUGACCAGGAGCGGCAGGUCGAGGAACAAUACUAUCAGCAACUUACAGUCUACUGGGCUGGCAAACCAGAUGGAAAUUUGCACGCGGAGGCCGCUGUCCUCAGUCUGAAGCGACGGAUGGACAAGGGAUAUCAGGUCUGGAAUCGUUGGAUGCAGAAUGAAAUUGACAAACAUCGUUUCUUGGUUGAAGAAGAGCAGUCUGUCCAGUUGGAGAUGAUGGACGAAGCGGAGCGAAGACUCAAGCAGGAUCUCACAAGGCAUCGACAGGCUUUUGCCAAGAGAAAAGCUGCCGAGUUCAAAUGGGUGGAACUCGUGAUUCAGGAACGAGAGCUGAUGUUGAUUGAAAUGAGAUUCGAUGAGAUGGAAGGUGGGGAUGACAUGGAUGCUUUGCUGGCGGAGACACAACAGCUUAACUUGGGUGAAGCAUCUGUCAGCGUCAACUCAUCUCAGCGGGAUUCAAUCGACAGUUCUGAAACGGACAACGAUCGAUGGUAUGAGGUAGGUGAUGAACUGGGCAAUUUGAACACGGGCGACACAGGCGAUGAUUUAGAUGACUUAGCUUCAAGGGUCGGGGAAAGCAUCCGAGACAAGAAUAUCUACUCGGUUGCCGUAGGUGGGCCAUGAUACCUGUUUAUCAUAGUCUUGCACAUAUUGGCUCACAAAGGACGACAAGCUGGGGGCUCGCAUGGUAUCUUAAAUUACAAGUUAACCAACUACAGAAAGA